AUGGGCAUCGCAUCGAUUGACAUCGACCACGCCGACAACGAAUCCGGGCCGCAUGUGCACGGCAGCAUCAGCCUGCAGAGCCUGGUGCCGGCGGCGCAUGGCGGCGCGUACGUCGAGACGGGAGACGGGGACUGGACGCCCGGCGUGCGGGAGUGGCUGGUCACGGUCUGCGUUUCGAUUCUGGUGACGAUGGAUGCGUUCAACGCGACGGUUGUCAUUCCGCUGAUUCCUGUAUGCCUUCCUUCCGGCCAGGGUAUGGCGUGUGUGUGUGUGUGUGCGCUAACCUCGCAGGACCUCUCGAGUACCCUCGUGCAGCCCCUCGAAAACACCCUCUGGCUGAACACGGCGUACCUCCUCGCCAGCGCGGCCAGCCAGGCCCUGCUCGCCAUACUGGCCGAGGGGCUCGGCCACGGUCCCGUGCUGCUGGCAGUCGUGGUGCUGGCUACCGUCGGCACGGGGGUCUGCGGCGGGUCGUCCGGGCUGCCCGGGUUAGUGGCCGGCCGGUUCAUCCAGGGGAUGGGCGGGGGCGCGAUAACGAGCGUCUCGCUGCUGGUAGUCGCGGAGACGAUCCCGAAGACACACCAGGCGCGGUUCACGGGGUAUGUGUUCCGGGCCCAGGUGGCGGGGACGGUGGCGGGGCCGCUGCUGGGGGCGCUGUUCGUGCAGCACGCGGGCAGCAUCUGGGUGUUCUAUUCAAGCUUUGUGUUCUGUGCGCUGGGGAUGCUGGUUGUGCCGUUCGCGGUGGAUUUGCGCGGGUAUGGGCCUGGGUACCGGGGGGUUUCGAUGCGGACGCUGCGCGCGGGGGACUGGGUUGGUGGGAUGCUUGUUUUUCUUAGUUUGGGGAGUCUGGUCAGCGGCGUGAGCUGGGGAGGCACGCAGUUUGCGUGGGAUGGGUGGCAGACGCUGGUGCCGAUAUGCGUGGGCGCGGUGCUGGGCGUGCUGCAGCUAGUGUAUGCGGCGGUGCGGAUGAGGACAAACGUGUACAACCCGGCGGUGCUGAGGAGUAUAUCAGUGACGAUGCUGCAUGCUGGGGUGUUCUUUCAUGGCGUGAUGAUAUCAACGCACCUCCAAUUCCUUCCGCUAUACCUCCUCCUGGUGCAAGACCUGCCCGCGACUCUCGUCGGCCUGAGCGCCACAGCCCUCACAGCCCUCACGCCGUUCUUCCUGCUCCUCCUCGAGAAGACGCCCGUGUUCACGUCGCACCCGCGUAUCGCGCCGUGGCUCAUCCGCGCGGGCUGGACCAUCGACAUUCUCAGCGCCGGCUGCUGCGUGCUCCUAGACGAGGCAACCCCCACCACGGCAUGGGUCUUCGUCUUCCUCGUCGCGGGCAUCAGCCACGCGCUCCUGCUCCCGUCGUACGUCGUUGCGCUGCAGCACGUCGUCCCGCAGUACAGCCCGCACCGGGGCGGCGCGCAUCGCAGCCGCAAGACGGACGCGCCGUCGGCGCUGAUGGCGCACUCGCUGCUGCGCACGUGGGGGAUGUGCGUUGCGGUGUCGGUGGGCGGGUGCGUGUUCAUGAACUGGGUUGCGCGGAGCGCCGGGGUGCGUGAUGGGCUGGUGGACCAUUCGGCGACGGAGAUGCGCGCGCUGCGUCCGUGGGGGGAGGAUGAUAUGACCGUCGUCGAGAGGGGCGUGUAUGUCGAGGGGCUGCGGAUGCUGUGGAAGGUGUUUACGGGGGUGGCAGGGGUGGGCGGGCUUUCGUCUGUAUUCAUCUGA